AUGUCCGUCACUGCAUCAAUAAGCGACGGCGAUUCGCGGUUAAAUUCGCUGCUGUCCGAUUUGAUGUGUCUGGAUCGCGUCAAAACUGAAAUACCCGUGAUCGGCUUGGGUUGCAAAUACUUCACGAAGCUCAUUGCCGGUCUCAAGGAAUCCUCCACCGUCGUCGAGUGGAGUCUGAACAAAGCCACCAUCGGCGUGGAUCAUGUGGUCAGAUUACCGUACGUCAAAGACCAACUGUUGGCCAUCGAUCGGUUGCUGUGCUCUUCGUUGGACCUGACAGAACUCUCAUUACCCGUGUUGACAAGAACGCCCCAAGAAAUGUACGAUGGAAGUGUAGAAUAUGUUAUUGGAAUAGUAACACCGAUUACCAACUGGGUUGACUUGGAGCUUCUGCCUCCAGCAGAAUAUUAUGUCGACCAUUAUUUGCCGGAAUUAGAUCUUGAUCAACAAAUAAAGCCUGUAAAUAGUGAAAAGGGUCCAAGAGCAUGUCAACUGUCCUUGAAGCUUGUUCGACGCAUCAAACAACAUGCUUACGCCGAACCAAAAUAUUUGGAGAGCCUGAUAUACAGUUUGUAUGGAGAAUCAAUCUUACUGACGAAAAUAUUUGUUUUUGAACCAAAGUUGUUGCCAAAGACCUUUCGUCAGAUCUGGAAGAAACUCGGUGAUGGCGUGACACCGGCUGAGGUAGCUAAUAGCUUAUUGUUGGUGGAAAUGGGCUGUCUGCGACUUAGAGAAGGAGCAUCUUUACUUGUGAAGAUGAUUGAAAUCACCGAACAAAUGGCCAAGUGUUACAUAGAAAUGUUUAUACGAUAUGUGUACGAAAAAAGAAAUUAUGUGGUCGACAACCUAUCGAGAGUUGUAAAUCCUAUGACAAAAAAACAGAAAAAAAACAUGGAAUCUAUGUCUCAACAUGAAAAAGUGGAAACUGAAACAAUAAACGAGAAUACAAAUGGUGGUGAAUAUUCAUCAUCUUAA